AUGACUGCCGACACAGCGAUUGUCGACACAAUGAUCGUCGACACAAUGACAGACGAAACAGCGCCACUAUUGGGCUCACACACCAUCAAACCAGCUCAGCACCCAAAGAAAUUACUGGUCUCCAUCGUGUGUGCUAUAUUUUUGCUAUCGGCCGACUUUGGGUUCUUCAUGUCCACCGCACCACAAAUAGCAGUCUAUGAGGAAAUCAUCUGCCGAAACUACCAGGCCACUCUGCACGGGGCGAGAAAUGACACUCUGAUUCCACCCGAGGUCAAUCCGUGUAAAUCAGAAGCUGUACAGGGAGAACUGGCGCUCGUGAUUGGGUACCAAAAUACAUUCGAUGUGGUGCCUGGUCUUUUACUCUCGCUGCCAUACGGUGUCAUGGCAGAUCGCUGGGGGCGAAAGCCUCUUGUGUAUCUUAGCAUGCUAGGCAUUCUCCUAGGGGAGGUCUGGGUCAGGAUAGUUUGUCUAUGGUCGACUGUCAUUCCCCUCCGGAUGGUCUGGCUGGCAGCUGUGUUCAAAAUUAUCGGUGGCGGCGAUCAAGUCCUCACGGCCAUUGCUUUGGUCGUAGUGGCUGAUGUGUUCUCGGAAGAUGAGAGAGCAACUGCACUCUUCCGUUUACAGUCUUGCGUUCAAAUCGCAGAAAUUCUGGCCACUCCAAUUAGUGCUUAUCUGAUGACCUUUGGUCCAAUGGUUCCCUUUAUGCUAUCGAUAUGCAUCAUUCUUGUGGGAAGCAUGCCGGCCUUCUUCCUACCUGAGACUCUCAGAAACGCAAAAGGAAAGCGAGUCAACCGAGAAGGCCCAGAACAGGAAAGCGAAGGCGAUCAGUCCCAGCCUCCGAGAAAGCAGACAGUGUUGCAGGAGGUCAGCCGACAAGUUCGCGAGUUUGCACAGUCGACACGUUUCAUUUGGGCCGAUUCCAAUGUCUGUCUAAUGGUCUUUGUAAUGUUCGUCACCGUGAUGAGUCGACAAUGCACGAACCUGCUUCUGCAAUAUGUGUCAAAGAAGUUUGACUGGAGUAUUAGUCGCGCCAGUCUCUUGAUCUCGCUGCGCGGGAUAUUUUCUAUCGUGACAUAUUUGAUCAUAAUGCCAAUCCUGUCAUUCUUAACCGCCGAACACCUAAACCUCCGCGGGAAACGUAACGACUAUUUCUUGAGCAAAGGCAGCGGUGUGCUUUCGAUCAUUGGAUUCGCCAUUAUCUCCAUGGCUCCGACACCGGCUAUCUUGAUUGGUGGUCAGGUCAUCUUGUCAAUCGGCUCAGCAUUCAUGAUUACCACACGCAGUCUGGCUACUUCACUUGUGCAACCCGACCAUGCUGGCACUUUAUAUUCGGCGAUUGCCAUUGCACAGGGCUUAGGAACACUCGUUUCCGGCCCAUUAUUUGCCAAUCUCUUCCGGUUAGGCAUGCAUCUUGGAACGGCCUGGAUGGGGCUGCCGUUCUUGCAAGCCUCUCUCUUUUUCGUUAUUGCUGUCAUCGCUGUUUGGCACAUUCGACUUGGACCGUCUCCGCGAGCCAAUGAUGAGGAACAGGACCCCUUGUUAUCUUAA